AUGGCACCCGUCGCAGUCACCGCUACUACAACCACUGAAUUCUUUACAAACCUCAAGACAUCCCUUGUCUCUCCACAACCUAAUACCCUCCACGACGUCAUCGCUCAAGCCGUCGACCGUUAUCCGUCGCACGAGCUUGGUUUCAUAACCUCCUCGGCACACGACUCCUCCAUCCAGACGAAGACCUUCAGCGCGUUCAACCAAUGUGUUCGCAACCUUGCACGUGCCAUGCUAGAGUGGGGAAAGCCCACGGGCUCAGUCGUCGUCGUGUACCUGACGGAACACGAAGACAAUAUGGCUGCUGUAUGGGCGUGUCUGCUGGCUGGCUAUGUGCCCUGCCUGCAACCCACGCUUAGCGCGCAACAGGCGCACAAGGAGGGCCAUGUCGCCCACAUCAAGAACUUGUUUGGGUCUGCUACUUGGUUGACCAGCGAGCUCGGGGCUGAGCAGAUCAGCACCAUUUCUGGUCUGGAGGUUCAUCUGCUCUCCGAAUUAAAAAUAUCGGCGGAGACAUUUACCGUCUCAGCUGACUGGGUUGGGUACGAGGCUAAGCCAGACGACGAGGCGAUCCUGUUCCUGACCUCAGGGUCUACUGGAUUCUCGAAGGCGGUUGUGCACACGCACCGCACAAUUCUCGCUGCAUGUCGUGCCAAGGGGCAAAGCUACGGCCUGACUUCCGAAUCUCGAGUCUUGAACUGGGUCGGAUUUGAUCACGUCGCAGGAUCGCUGGAGAUGCACAUCACACCUCUGCUAUAUGGCGCUUCGCAACUCCACGUGCACGCAUCUGCCAUCCUUGCUGACCCUCUUCGGCUGCUCCGUCUGAUUGACGAAAAGUCGAUUGAACUGGCUUUCGCCCCGAACUUCUUGCUCUCCAAGCUCACGCGUGAUCUGGAGAAGCGCACCGACCUCUUCGGACACUUUGACUUGUCCUCCAUCAAGCGGAUCAACAGCGGUGGUGAGGCUGUCGUUUCCAAGACCGCGAAAGCGUUCGCUGGGACCAUGAAGCAGCUCAGCAAGAACCCCUCCGCUGUGUCGUUCGUCAUUUCUGCUGGGUUUGGAAUGACAGAAACUUGCGCCGGAUGCAUUUACGAUCCUGUGGAUGUCCUCGCAACGGAGCCUGCUCACGAGUUCCUUGAUCUCGGGCGACCUGUCAAUGGUUGCGAGAUGCGCAUCGUUGACCCCGCAGAUGGCGCCACCCUGCGCCCAGACGGGAGAGCGGCGAGCUCCAGCUUUGUUGAGGGAGGCUGGUAUCGCACCGGCGAUGUUGGCAUCAUCGAGAAUGGGGCGAUGCGCCUUAGCGGUCGCAUCAAGGACACCGUCAUCGUCCAUGGCGUCUCAUAUGGUAUCCCUGAGCUCGAGACCCACCUCCAGACCGUGGAAGGUGUCACGCACUCGUUCCUCGCCGCAGCUCCGUACCGCGCUCCUGGGCAGGAGACAGAGGGGUUCAUCAUUUUCUACUCGCCGACCUUCGACCUCGAUGGAGCAGACGCUUCCACGAAGCUGUUUGCCACGCACAGGGCCCUUCGGGAUAUCUGUGUGAAGAUGAUCACCCUGCCGCCUCAGGUCAUCGUCCCAAUCCCUGUGAACCAGAUGGAGAAGACCACACUGGGUAAACUGUCUCGUGCGCGUCUAAUCAGUCUGUUCAAGCAAGGCCAGCUUGGUCAGCACAUCGCGCGCUCCGAGGAGCUUCUCAGCAAGGCACGAGGCGCCACGUUCGUCGCCCCGUCCACCGAGACGGAGAAGGCGCUUGCGAAGAUAUAUGCUGGCAUCUUCAACCUCGCGGAAAGCGAGAUGUCGGCGAGCGACAACUUCUUCGAACUCGGCGGUACUUCCAUUGAUGUCAUCAGGCUCAAGCGCGAGGGAGAGGCACAUUUCGAUCUGCCCGAAAUCCCCACCAUCCAAAUCCUCAAGCACCCUGUCAUCUCGAACCUCGCGAACUAUGUCGACUCUCUGCUCUCCAAGGACAGUCAGACUGAGGAGUACGACCCCAUCGUUCCCCUGCAGCUGACCGGAAACAAGACGCCCAUCUUCUUCGUGCACCCUGGUGUCGGGGAGGUUCUGAUUUUCGUCAACCUCGCCAAAUACUUCCAGAAUGAACGUCCGUUCUACGCUCUCCGCGCUCGUGGCUUCGAGCCCGGCCACCCCUUCUUCACUUCCAUGGAUGAGAUGGUGUCGUGCUAUGCUGCAGCAGUGAAGAGGACCCAGGCGACGGGACCAUACGCCAUCGCUGGCUACAGUUAUGGUGGUGUGGUCGCAUUCGAAGUUGCCAAGCAGCUCGAGGCCAUGGGCGAGGAGGUCAAGUUCGUCGGUCUGAUCAACAUCCCUCCUCAUAUCGCCGAUCGCAUGCACGAGAUCGACUGGACAGGCGGGAUGCUCAACUUGUCGUACUUCCUCGGUCUCGUUUCGAAGCAUGAUGCCAAUGAUCUCGCUCCUGCUCUGAGACCGAUGACGAGGAAGGAGCAGCUCGAGGUGGUGUGGAAGCUGUCUCCCCCUGACCGUCUGGUCGAGCUGCAGCUGACGCCUGAGAAGCUCGACCAUUGGGUGGACAUCGCGGGAUCCCUGAUCGAGUGCGGAAAAGACUACAACCCGUCAGGCUCAGUUUCCGCAGUCGACGUUUUCUACGCCAUUCCUCUCCGCGGUAGCAAGUCAGACUGGCUGAACAAUCAGCUCAAGCCAUGGUCUGGGUUCAGCCGCGGCGAGCCAUCAUAUACCGACGUGCCUGGGCAACACUACACGCUCAUGGACUUUGACCACGUCCCGCAGUUCCAGAAGAUCUUCCGCGGUCGUCUGGAGGCUCGUGGGCUGUAAAAAUUUAGAGUGGGGUAUUAUGUUUAUAUCUAUCUUUCGCAAGUAACUAUUCGACCACUUAUACUUGGAGUACAUGCGUUCCGUAUCUAAUUGCUUGACUAUUUACGUCGCCAUACAUCUGUCGUUGUCUUAUGACAAAAGUACAUAUUAAAAAUGAUUCUCUGCAUUUUUUCAUGAUGGUGCUUGUGAGCCCACUGUUUAGAGUAAUACAUAUGGUCUUGAUUCUGCCAACAUCGGGGUUGAUAUAGAUUUUGCAUCCUUCAGUGCCUC